AUGCAGCUGACAGGGGCGUUUACCAGUCAGCAGAAUACGCCAAUCUUGCCACCAAAGAGGAUUGUGCUGACUGUCUCCAUGAGUGGUUUUUGUACCAGCCGCAUUACUGGCUUCAGAAUAAAGAAGCUUUCUGAAUUAAAGAUGGUGGGAAUCGGGACCUCAGAUGUGAAUCUGGACAAGUACCGGCACACGUUUUGUAGCUUGUUGGGUAAAGAUGAAGACAGCUGGGGGCUCUCUUACACAGGGCUCCUCCACCACAAGGGUGACAGAGUCAGCUUCUCCACACGGUUCGGACAAGGCUCCAUCAUCGGGGUGCACCUAGACACCUGGCAUGGGACUCUGACGUUCUUUAAGAACCGGAAGUGCAUCGGAGUCGCUGCCAGCAAGCUGCGGAACAAGCGGUUCUACCCCAUGGUGUGUUCCACGGCGGCCAAGAGCAGCAUGAAAGUGAUCCGCUCCUGUGCCAGCCACACUUCCCUGCAGUACCUCUGCUGCUACCGCCUCCGCCAGUUGCUGCCUGACCACACGGACACGCUGGAGGCCUUGUCCCUCCCUCCGGGACUGAAGCAGGUCCUCCACAACAAACUGGGCUGGGUGCUGAGCAUGAACUGCGGCCGGGCCUCCCCCUCUUCGGGCAGUGACUCAGAGAGCUUGUGCGGCUCGGAGGCCGAGGCGUGCCGGCGCAAAAGAUGCCGGAGGACAUAA